CAUUCCUUGUGUCCUGUUCCAAGACUGAUCAAGUCUGCAAGCAAAGAUAGCAAUCACCACAAAAAUGCAAGCGACCAUUUUCUUCCUACUUUCAGUUUCCAUCGCCCUGUCAGCAUCAAAUCCCAUUGCGGAUCCAGGAAAGAUUCUCAAUGAAGGUGACGUGAUUGCUGUUUUCGAUGAAGACGAGCCUGAGCAGCCAGCCGUUUUGUUUGUACAGCAACAACAGCAGCCGCUGGACGAAUUCUUCGUGUUGGAAAGUUUUAAUCCUGAUGAGCAACCAAAAAGCGACGAUUGCGAAGGCUGCGACAACCAACAGGCCCAAACGCAAGAGAGAUCUUUCUUUUUCAAAAAAAUUUUCAGACCAGCAGUCGCACGCCCGUCUGUGGGCUUGACUGUUGCCAUCCCGAAACCGCAGACGGUCCGUCUUCCGCCGCCCAUCGUCGUGGGAACCGUUUACCAGCCCAUUUCCUUUGUUACGUCACCGAUCGCAACUGGUGGAUUCGCUGCUUCUGGUAGUUCCGGUCAAUUCGUUGGAAAUGCCAUGACCGGUUUAAAAGGAUACCUGCAAGGAUUACUCAAUAGCCAUUUGUCUGCCGGGCAAGUGUCCCAACCUUCUUUAACCCUGACUCCAGGCGCAGGUGGUGGAGUGGUUGACUUGGGCAUUUCGGGACAACAAGGAUUGUUUUCUGCCGGAGCACGACCUACCCAAGUGUCACGACCUUUCACGGGCAUCUCAGGCUCAACCGGUCUAGGCUUAUUGUCGGCCGGCCCUUCAACUGGUCAAGGCAAUGUUGACGUCGGCAUGAUCGGACAACAAGGAUUGUUGCAAGCAUUGUUUGCCGGAGCUCGACCAACCAUGUUGCAAGAGUCCAGACCUCCCACUGGAUUGUUUCCCAGCUCAGGUGGCCAAGGCAACGUCGGAAUCAACAUUCAACAAAGCAUCUUGGGAUCCAACAGUGGCCCUUCUUCUCCGAACGGAUCGGCAUCCGCAUCCGUCCAUGUAUCAGGCGGACAGCAGCAUCAACCUCAACCUCAGCAGCCUCAACCUGUAUUGGAAACAACAAACAAGCCAUUGAACCCUACUCCUACCCCUUGGUCGGAAGUUAACAUAGAUAAAGUCAUUGACGUCAUGGCUCAAGCAGUUAAAUCGUAAACAGAAAAAAAAUUUAGAU